GGCCUCAGCAACAUGCUCUUCCAGUGCUCCUUACCUGACUGUGUCCAGUCUGUCUCAGAUGAGCCCCGGACGGUGCUCCUGCGCCUGUACGGCGCCAUUCUACAAAUGAGGUCCUGUAAUAAGGAAGGAGCCGGACAAGCCCCCAACGAGGAUGCGUGCCAAGGAGCCGAGGCCAUGGUGCUGGAAAGCGUUAUGUUUGCCAUUCUUGCCGAGAGGUGCCUUGGCCCAAAGCUGUACGGAAUCUUCCCACAAGGCCGCCUGGAACAGUUCAUCCCCAGCCGCCGCCUAGACACUGGGGAGCUCAGCUUGCCAGACAUCUCUGCAGAAAUCGCCGAGAAAAUGGCCACUUUCCAUGGCAUGAAGAUGCCGUUCAAUAAAGAACCCAAAUGGCUUUUUGGAACCAUGGAGAAAUAUUUAAAUCAAGUUCUGAGAAUUAAAUUUACCAGAGAAUCCAGAGUUAAAAAACUAAACAAACUCCUCAGUUAUAAUCUGCCUUUGGAAAUGGAAAAUCUAAGGUCCCUGCUGGAAGCCACUUCUUCCCCGGUGGUGUUCUGCCAUAACGACUGCCAGGAAGGGAACAUCCUCUUGCUGGAAGGCCGGGAGGCCUGGGAGAAGCAGAAGCUGAUGCUCAUCGACUUCGAGUACAGCAGCUACAACUACAGGGGCUUCGACAUCGGGAAUCACUUCUGCGAGUGGAUGUACGACUACACGUACGAGAAGUACCCCUUCUUCCGAGCCAACAUUCCCAAGUACCCGACCAAGAAGCAGCAGCUCCAUUUUAUUUCUAACUACCUGGCCGUGUCCCAGGACGGCUUCGAGAGCCUCAGCAACGAAGAGAAGAGCCGCCUGGAGGAGGAGAUGCUGGUCGAGAUCAACAGGUUUGCCCUGGCCUCGCACUUCUUCUGGGGACUCUGGUCCAUCGUACAAGCCAAAAUCUCAUCUAUCGAGUUCGGGUACAUGGACUACGCGCUGGCCAGGUUCGAGGCCUAUUUCUACCAGAAGAGGAAGCUGGGCGUGUGAAGGCCGCCAGCGGGCUCCCUGCCCCGCGUGUCCGAAGAGAGCGGCUGGCCGGGACUCGUCCUCCGCCCGCCUCCUGGGCCCGCAGCCACGGCGGCUCGCGCGCCCGCCCGCCUCCUGGGCUCCCGGCUGGGCUGAGACCAGAGACUCCAUUAAAGCUGAGCCACGUUUGUUUCUAUCUUGUUGACGGUUUCCGGCGUCUGACGGUGGUCGGGCAGCCGCGGAGCGCCGGGCGGCGCCUCCUCCUCCUCCUCCCCUCCGGCGGGGGCCUGGGGGGGGGCCGGUUCUUUUGUUCCUGGUUAUGUAUCUUGUACGUGCUGUAGACGCGGCAUGCUCGGGGGGGCCGCCGGCGCGCCCCACCGUGACCGGGACUGGAGGGGCCUUUGCCCGGGCCACGGGGGGGCCCCACACACCUCCCCUGGCCCUCGGGGCUGCCUGGGGGGACCAUUUCAGGGGGAGGGCGCUGGGGGGGACAGAAAUCCUUGUACGGGGGGCCCCCUUCUCCCUCGCGGCACCCCCUCAUCCUGGGAUUGGGGCCCUGCGGGGGAGGAGAGCCGCGGCAGGCGCUGGGCCUCGGGGUCACUCCGGCCCUUUUUUUACUCGGAACUUUGAUGUGAGCCGUCCGUCGCCCCCGGCCGCCCGCCCGCCGCACACUGUACCAUACUGAAAAUAAAGUGUUAAAGCAGC